AGAGAGAGAGGGGACGAAGCUGAGAUAGACGGAGAAAACAAAGCUUCUGUUGAUGCAGUCACGGAGGUGGAGGACGGUGGUGAUGGAGUGGGUGACGGCGGAGAUGAAGAUGAGAGAUACAGAGAAAGUUCUUGACCAAAUUCAAGAACUUAAUUGCAUUGCAGACUCUAUUGCAACUUUUGGAAUGCCUAUUGAGGAGAACUUCCAUGUUAGUGUCAUUGUUUCAAAGCUUCCACUAUCCUGGAAAGACUUGUCCAUCAAGUUAAUGCGUGGGGAGCAUCUACCUUUUUGGAAGUUAAUGGAACUCAUAACAAAAGAGGAAGAAUCUCGCAAUGGAGUCAAACAAAUGGGUGAGCCUCUUUCUGAUAGGGCAAGAUUUUACCGUGCCAGUGAAGGGGGGUCGAGCGGGGCUGACAUUAAGCCGCCACCACACCAGGUUUUUAAAGGAAGUAUGAACCUAAUAGCGUAUCAUGUUAUAUUUGUGGCCAGAAGGGACAUUUUUCUAAAAAUUGUUGGAGAUGGCUGUAAUUAAGUGUUUCUGAAUUAUGAUAGUUUGUCAGAUAUUUUUUGAUGGUACAACUAUAUUUAAGU